GAAGAAGGCCAGGCCUCUCGCGAGACCUCCUCCACGGAGGCUGCCAUCUUGAGUUCUCUUCGCCGGGAGGGUCACAGGGAAGGAGAGGGCGGCGGCAGCAGCAGCAGCAGCAGCAGCGAUGUUGUCUCGCUUGGCCGUGCGCGCCCUGGCCCCGGUUGAUGGCCUGAAGAGCUUGGCGCCCGCUCUGACCGUGGGGGCAGUGCAAAUAUUAAGACCACUUCACACAAGCCAGCAACACUUUGCUCCUGUACCACCUCUUCCAGAGACAGGAGGAAAAAUCCGCCAUGGAAUAUUCCCUGAAGAAUUUUUCCAGUUCUUAUACCCUAAAACAGGAGUCACAGGCCCCUAUAUGCUUGGGACUGGGCUUCUGCUCUAUAUGCUCUCUAAGGAACAUUAUGUAAUUAACCAUGAAACAAUAUCUGGAGCUGUUACGGUGGGAAUUCUCAUCUACUUAAUUAAGAAGUAUGGUCCAGCUGUAGCAGCUUAUGCUGACAAACACAAUGAGGAUACUAUAGCAGAAUUAGAAUCUGUGAAAAAUGCGAUGAUAGCUGAACACACUACGGCUAUUGAAGAGGAGAAGAAAGAGCAGUGGAGGGUGGAGGGUCGUCACUAUCUCUUUGAUACCAAGCGGAACAAUGUUGCUCUAAUCCUUGAGACAAACUACAGAGAGAGGCUGUUUACUGUAUACACAGAAGUGAAGAAGCGGCUGGAUUAUCAUGUGGCAAUACAGCAUCUCCAUCGGAAUAUGGAACAAAAUCACAUGAUCAACUGGGUUGAGCAAAACGUUAGGAAGAGUAUUACAGCCCAACAGGAGAAGGAGAGCAUUGCUAAAUGCAUCUUGGACCUGAAGGCACUGUCAAAGUCUGCACACGCAACUGUUUAAACACAAUUAUGACCUCUUAAACCAUAUGAUGGCAAAUCUUAAUUAAAACAUAUAUACCUUUU